AUGUUGCCGCCAGUCGAAGAUACAAUCCUGGUGGAGAAUCCGAAAUUUGCUACACUAUACACUUCUCUGCAGAGUGAAUUUCUUUCCCCCGAUGGCACAUCUAAAUUUCAUGCCGCCCAGAAAGAACGGAAUGCAGUGAAAGAGGCACUGGAACUCGGUUAUCGUCGUGCUGCAAAGUCUCAUUUGCUCAAGUCGGCUCUCGGCAAUCUGGAUAUCUCUCCAGCGCCGACUGCUACCUUAGCUACGGCUCGCUCUUCCGCAAUAUUCAAACAACAUCCAUCCGAGCUUGUCGAGUCGAUUAUACUCCUAUCUAGUAUUUUCCGUAACAACUCGAUGCCUCUUUUACCAUCAUCAACAAAACUUCUCGAAACAUCUACACUUUGGACCUCUAUUUCCAGCCAGCUGCCUCAGAUUGGCGCACUACUUUCCUCUCAUCUACAUACACAGGCUCUCGCCCUCUGUCGCAUAUCAAACCCCAGCUCUAACGCAUCUUUCCUUCACCGAGCGAUUCCAAAACUUGUGUCGACGGUGCAAGCCCGUCAGAAAACGAUCAAGGAUAAGAGUCAGGAAUUGAAUUUGAGGCGCGUUUUGCUUGUUGGAAAAGUUAAGACCUUAUUAUCACUUCACCAUCAUGCAUCAGAGCAGGUUAUAAAUCAUUUAGAGCAGGUCAUGUACGGUUCAGUUGCUCGACGACUAAAGAUAAAGUCCGAGUAUUUGGGUUUGACGGCUCAGCAGCUUGAACUGGAGGCAACGAGCAAAUACAUCAGAGGCUAUAAAAUGGUUUACACUGAUGAUGUGAAGAGUGCCCUGAGUGAAUAUCGGCUGUCGCUUCGUGAUUCGAGAGAGCGCUUAAAGGAGAAGAAAAGAGAACUAGAGAAGAUUCUCGAAGGCUACGGAUUAGGGCAACCGGAUGGAGAUAAAAAAAAAAUUAUGCAAAGCAUUGCCGAUAAACAUAUCGAGCUUGAAAAGGAAUGCAAGGAAGUUUGGAGAGACAUUGAAAAGUUGAAAAGGAAAUAA